GUGGCUGUGCAACCUUUAUCUUGCCGGGUUUCUCAGGGGGUAUUUACUUAUCUACAUACCUCCUGCUCCACAGUAACGAUGUCCCAUUCCGCUUUUUUCUAUGGCACCCUUAUGCACCCAAAAAUCCUUACCAAGGUCAUCAAGAACGACGGCUCUCACUUGAAGAUAUGCCCUGCAGUUCUCCUGGAACAUACGCGUCACAAGGUCAAGUCAGAAGAAUACCCCGGAGUCAUACCCUUUUCUCGAGGCCAAGCACUCUUCGGCAGAGAGCUCACCCAAGAAGAUAAAUGUGUCCGAGGAACCUUGGUACAUGGCCUAACCAACAUGGAUAUCCUGCUUCUAGAUAUUUUUGAAGGAACGGAAUACACGCGGGGGCCCGUUCCCGUCCACCCGCUUGAAGAUGCCAUCAACCUGUCGGAAUACUCUGUCUUGAAAGAUGACAAGUAUUUGCUCCCUAAUCCGCCUGCACCUCUACCACCCGUCGAGGAACUGGCGGAAGCGAUACCAGCUGAGACUUAUAUCUAUAAAAACAUCGAGAAAUUGGACGCAGAGCUUUGGUCAUUCGGUGAAUUUGUCAGGCUUAAUGCAUGGAAGUGGUAUCAGCCAGAAGAGAGUGAAGUAGACGGCAGGAACAGUAGAUAUCGUGAAGCAGACGACAUCGUUGCUGCAGCGGUAGCGGUGAACGCCUAGGAGGACGUGGGAUAGCAUUGACAGAAAGUGAUAAUCGUUGUAUGUUUGUAUCACUGGCUAGAAUCGAAAGUUGACUUGAAAGCGAGUCUUGAUA